GCAGGUGAGGGCGGGGGCAGGGCCGCAGCCUCCCCGCCCGCCCCGCACUCCGCAUGCCCGGCGCUCGGACAUGCUCACUAGCGGCGCGGAGCGGGCUCCCGGGGGCAGUCGGUGCCGAAGCGCUGGGGGAGCCGCCGCAGGGCCCCGAGCGGAGCGGGCGGGAGGCGCGGAGCGCAGGGAGCGGGGACUAACGGUGUUCGCUUGACCAUGGAGAGCGCCCUGACAGCCCGCGACCGCGUCGGGGUGCAGGAUUUUGUCCUGCUAGAGAACUUCACCAGUGAAGCAGCAUUCAUUGAAAAUCUGCGGAAGCGCUUCAAGGAGAAUCUGAUCUACACAUACAUUGGCUCGGUUCUGGUGUCUGUUAACCCAUACAAGGAACUGGAAAUCUACAGUAAACAGAACAUGGAGCGAUACCGUGGUGUCAGCUUCUACGAAGUUUCUCCCCACCUCUACGCUAUCGCAGACAACUCGUAUCGCUCCCUGCGCAUGGAGAGGAAGGAUCAGUGUAUUCUGAUAUCUGGGGAGAGCGGGGCUGGCAAAACGGAGGCCACCAAGAAGAUCCUGCAGUACUACGCCGUGACCUGUCCCGCCAGUCAGCAGGUGGAAACAGUGAAGGACCGCCUGCUGCAAUCCAACCCCGUCCUGGAGGCCUUUGGAAAUGCGAAAACCCUUCGGAAUGAUAACUCCAGCCGAUUUGGGAAAUACAUGGAUGUGCAGUUUGAUUACAGAGGGGCUCCUGUUGGGGGCCACAUCUUGAACUACCUCCUGGAGAAAUCUCGAGUUGUGCACCAAAAUCACGGAGAGAGGAACUUCCACAUUUUCUACCAGCUGCUAGAAGGAGGGGAAGAGGACUUGCUGCGAAGGCUGGGCCUUGAAAAGAGCCCCCAACAGUAUCACUAUUUAGUAAAAGGUCACUGUGCAAGGGUCAGUUCCAUAAAUGAUAAAAACGAUUGGAAGAUUGUGCGGAGAGCCUUGUCCAUCAUCAGCUUCAAUGACAGCGAGGUGGAGGAUUUGCUGAGCAUUGUAGCUAGCGUUCUGCAUCUGGGGAACGUGCAGUUUGCUGCUGAUGAGCAAGGAAAUGCUCAGGUCACUACAGAGAACCAGAUUAAAUACCUGGCACGGCUUCUGGCAGUUGAAGGCUCUGUUCUGCGAGAUGCACUGAUCCACAAGAAGAUCAUAGCAAAAGGGGAAGAGUUAAUCAGCCCUCUGAACCUGGAGCAGGCAGCCUACGCGAGGGACGCACUUGCUAAAGCAAUCUACGGACGCACUUUCUCCUGGCUGGUGAACAAAGUUAACAAAUCCCUUGCUUACAAGGAAGGAGAGUUUCCAGGCUGGAGAAGCACGACAGUUCUAGGAUUGCUUGAUAUUUAUGGGUUUGAGGUUUUCCAGCACAACAGCUUUGAGCAGUUUUGUAUUAAUUAUUGUAAUGAAAAAUUGCAGCAGCUCUUCAUAGAGCUCACGUUGAAGUCGGAGCAAGAGGAAUAUGAGUCGGAAGGCAUCGCGUGGGAGCCGGUUCAGUAUUUCAAUAACAAAAUCAUUUGUGAUUUGGUGGAAGAGAAAUUCAAAGGCAUCAUUUCUAUUUUGGAUGAAGAAUGUCUGAGACCUGGGGAUGCCACAGAUACAACCUUCUUGGAGAAACUGGAGGAAACUGUGAAGAACCACCCUCAUUUUCUCACGCACAAGCUCGCUGACCAAAAAACUCGCAAGUCGCUGGGGAGGGAGGAGUUUCGGCUUUUGCACUAUGCUGGAGAGGUCACCUACAGUGUUGCAGGCUUUCUAGAUAAAAACAAUGACCUUCUAUUUCGGAACCUGAAGGAGACCAUGUGCAACUCUGAGAAUCCUAUCAUCAAUCAGUGUUUUGACAGGACGGAGCUGACAGACAAGAAGAGACCGGAGACGGCAGCAACUCAGUUUAAAAACAGCCUCUCUAAACUCAUGGAAAUCCUGAUGUCCAAAGAACCGUCCUACAUCCGUUGCAUUAAACCCAACGAUGCUAAGCAGGCUGAUCGAUUUGAUGAAGUUCUAAUCCGGCAUCAAGUGAAAUACCUCGGGCUGAUGGAGAACCUCCGAGUGCGCAGAGCUGGGUUUGCGUAUCGAAGGAAAUACGAAGUUUUCCUGCAGAGAUACAAAUCACUUUGUCCAGAAACAUGGCCUACGUGGGAUGGACGGCCCCAUGACGGAGUGGCUGUGCUGGUGAAACAUCUUGGCUACAAACAGGAAGAAUACAAAAUGGGACGAACAAAGAUUUUUAUCCGCUUUCCCAAGACUUUGUUUGCAACGGAAGAUGCUCUGGAAGUGAGGAAGCAGAGCCUGGCAACAAAAAUGCAGGCCACGUGGAGAGGUUUCUACCGUCGGAAGAGAUUCCUGCACAUGAAACACUCAGCCAUAGCCAUCCAGUCCUGGUGGCGAGGAACCCUGGGCCGCCGAAAAGCUGCCAAGAGGAAGUGGGCAGUAGAGACUAUCAGAAGGUUCAUUAAGGGCUUUAUUUACCGGAACCACCCUCGCUGCCCAGAGAAUGAGUAUUUCCUUGAUUACAUCCGCUUCUCCUUCCUGAUGAACCUCAAGAGGAACCUGCCAAAGAACGUCUUGGACAAAUCAUGGCCAACCCCUCCUCCGUCGCUCUGCGAGGCAUCCCAGCUCCUGCGCCAGCUGUGCAUGCAGAACAUGGUCUGGACCUACUGCAAGAGAAUCAGCCCAGAGUGGAAGCAACAGUUGGAACAAAAAGUGAUCGCCAGUGAGAUUUUUAAGGGCAAAAAAGACAAUUACCCGCAGAGCGUUCCUCGACUCUUCAUCAACACACGGCUUGGUAAUGAAGAGAUAAAUGCUAAAGUCCUUCAGGCUUUAGAAAAUGAAGCCAUUAAGUAUGCAGUUCCUGUCAUCAAGUAUGACCGGAAAGGAUACAAAGCAAGAUCCCGGCAGCUGCUCCUUACCCAGAACGCAGUCAUCAUUGUUGAAGACUCCAAAAUCAAACAGCGCAUUGACUACGCCAACCUGACAGGCAUCUCCGUCAGCAGCCUGAGCGACAACUUGUUUGUGCUGCACGUGCACUGCGAGGACAACAAACAGAAGGGUGACGUUGUGCUUCAGAGCGACCACGUGAUAGAGACGCUCACGAAGACGGCCAUGCGGGCAGACAAGGUCAACAACAUCAACAUCAACCAGGGCAGCAUAAAAUUUACAGUUGGUCAAGGCAAAGAAGGCGUCAUUGAUUUUAUAUCAGGAUCAGAACUGCUCAUAGCCAAAGCCAAGAACGGCCAUCUAACCGUGGUUGCACCUCGCUUGAACUCCCGGUGAUAGAUGUGCCAUUACAGGACCCCUCCUCCACCGCUCUGACUGCUCCCAUACAUUGCCUGGGCGUUGUUCCCAGCAAAACCCCCAUGCCUUCCUUGCUUUGCUCAUCUUGUUUAUUGUUACCAAAGACCUGCACUUUCAGAAAACCCACAAAACGCAUCUUGCUUUCUUGUCUUAAUACAAAAGUCCCAAGAGAAAGGCCUUCUCUUCCUUACCUUAGUGGCAAACAACACGGGUCCAACACGAUGCCCAUGAAACCUGCUCAGCCGGGCCUUGAGGGAGGUAGCGCUGACUCUACUCGAGUUGAAGCCUUGAUGGAAACGACCAAAAUUUGUGCUUGAAACCAUCGACAAGCACAGUGAGAAGAACCAGCCGAGUCAAGGAAAUGCCAAACUUCACCUUCCAAGUGUUUUACGAACGAUUUUGCUCGGAGAUGUUUUGAUGCUUUAUGUUACAAUAUUAAAGCCAUAUUGUGUAAAUGAGUAAAACCCUGUAAAUACUUUAUAGCUGAAUAUGAGAGAUGUACUACAAGAAAUGGCACUGAUGUGGAAACUUAUGUUUGAGAUUUGGAGUUUUUGUUGCUUUUAAGUUUAUGAACAGACUGUAUUAACCUGAGAAACCCAUCAUGUAACUUCACUCAUCUGGAUACAGCAGCUUUUUCUUUUUGCAGUCACCUCCCCCAUUUCUUGCUGUAUAGUGAUAUUUUUAUACUGUCGUAUUUUUUCAUAACCACAACCAUGCAGCCAAACAAAAUCCGAGUAACACAAACUGCAGAGGUCUCUGCUUCUUCAUGCGGCUCCAGGCUUUAAGCGCUGGCUGCACACACAUGUUCCUGCCAGAACUCCCCACUGCCCCUUCCCCACGCAGCUCCCCUGGCUCACAGCAGCACCUGCCCAGGAGCUGCUCUUCCCCUCCUCCCAUUUUCAGGGUAACUGGAAGUCUGAGUUCUCACAGCAGAGCUGCAGUGUCCAUCAACACCUCUCACCACUGCCUUAACGGGAAGGGAUGGCUCCUCCAGCGCUGCUGGCAUCACCGAGCAGCUGCCAUCGUCCCCAUGGAGCUGCCAGCACUGGCUGUGACCCCGAGCCUGCAGGGCACAGGAACGCUCGCAGGCACAGGCUGCCUCACAGGAGUUAACACUGAGCACUUGCAUGUAACAAUGAACCCAGCGAGCUCCAUGGUGGGCGGCUCUGUCAAAACAUCACAACUGCACAGCACAGCUCCAGCUUCCCUUUCCAGGUUGUGCACCCCCAGCAGUGCAUUUUGCACCCAACCUGCCUUACAGCUCUUUCGUGUUCCACCCCGUCCUGCUGCUGCAGCAGCAGCAGUCACACCGAGCCCUGAAGAGCGCGUACCCAAACACGCUGCCACUGCCAGAACCAUCAGCUCCAUCUCCUUUUGUGUUUCUGACAUGACAGUUACCGAACACUGCCCCAGGCCUGGAAUGCUGUAUACACUGUACUACAUAUACACCCUAUUAUGUAUAUGCUAUAUAGUGUAUAUACUAGACAAUGCUGUAUACGCUCUUAUAUAACCUCUUCAAGACUACACUAAAUAAAUUUUUAUGAAGGAAACUGGUCUUUACCACA